AUGGUUCAGAAUUACAUCCAGCACGAGAAGAACACUCUCUGCAUCAGGUUGACUGAAUCUGUCGUCUUCCUGCGCGUUUCUGAUCCGACUGGCCGGGACCGCAACCAGAACAAUGAAGCGCCUGCGAUGGUUCGCGGAUUGCUCACCCUGAAUGUCGUGAAGCCUACUCGCAUCUCCAGUAUCGAGAUUGAACUGCAGGGGAAAGCUACUACUUCGUCGUUUGAAGGAGUUGGCGCACGCCGAAUAGAGGUGACAGAGCAGUAUAAGGUGUUUUCUGCAUCUACUGUCUUCUUCCAAGCGGCAUCGUCGCCGUCUGCCCGACGUACUGCUUCAGUUGGCUCUGGUCUUCCAGGUUUUGACUACGACCACGACCACGCCCAUGAUGAAGUCCACCCCGGAGAGUACAGUACCGUUCCACAACACCCGCCUCAUCCUAAUGGCCUUCCAAGUCCAACAUUCUACACCAGGAGCGCUAGCAUGGACCCGCGUCAACCUCCGUCCUCGAUAAACGAGCGUUCUUUCAGCGACAACACUAUUCUGCAACAUGACGCUCAUACACCUCUCCACCAAGACAUUACACACCUUCCUCCCACUCCCCCUUAUAGUCCACCCCUGAACUCCCCUUCGUUUAUUGCAGAUCAUCGUCCCUCUCCCUCGCACUCCCACUCGGAUUCGAUUUCUCAAUCUUCUGGUCAUCCCAAACCAGAAGACAGUCCGGCACAGACGCUUGAAGACCUUCGACAAGCGCUCGUGAAUAAUAUAGAGGCAGGCCAACCGAGUAUGUCAUUUUCAACUGCUUUUGAUUGCUCAUGUCAUCGUAGUUCAUUCCAUGGGCCUACUGCUGGUUCUUCUUCGUCAAGUAUAUACUCACACCGCGAUGUUCCCCUCUCUCGUCGACCAAGUAUUGAAGACAUCUCUGAAACCCAGCAGUUGUCUCCACAGUCAUCCCGAUUCAGUUCCCGCACGCGUACAUCUCCUGUAGAGUCGCAGAAUCCAACGCAGACACAUGAGGAUCGUGGGAGAAAAUAUUCCCGGUUUUCGUUCCACACGGUUGCCAAUGUGAUCGACACGAUGGUUGAGCGUGUGAGGUCGCGUUCCCCGCGUGCUGAAUCACAAAGGAGAAGCAAGAGUAUCAAUCGUGAUGGCGAACGAGGGAGGACGCUGGACAGGGGAAAGGGGAAGUUGCCGGAGCAGCCCUCACAUGAAAGUGAUAAACAUAAGCAUUAUUCUGCUUUGGGGAAAGUAGGAGAACUCCUAGGGCUGGAUGAAGAACAUAAAGAAGUGGGGGAAGGUUGGAAGGAAUUCAAGAAAGGAACAUAUACCUAUCCAAUCUCAUUUACUAUACCAAACAACUCGCCUCCCACCAUCGAAUGCGAUUACGGAUCUAUGAUUUGGAGACUCAAGGCUGAAGUGCACCGACCCGGCGCGUUCACGCAAAAGUUGACUGCACAAUGCGAAGUCCUUGUAGUUGCAGCACCUUCUGAAGACGAUACCGAGGACUCGGAAAAUACCAUCAUCGAACGUCAGUGGGAGUCACAGCUACAGUAUUUGAUAGCAGUAUCAGGACGCAGAUUUCCCACUGGCGGCACUAUACCCAUCGAUCUCACGAUCAUUCCUUUCACGAAAGCCAAGGUGCAUCGAAUAUCUGUCCACAUCGAUGAACGAAUUGAGUACCACACACAAACGAGGCGGCUCGUGCGUUCACAGCUUGCACAUCGAAUACCUUUGCUUUCGCUCGAAAACGAGGUUGAGGGCGAGAGCCACCCGUUACUCCCUCUCAUCUCUGACGACCCGGAGGCAUUCCGAAAGUCACCUCUUUACCGACUUCUGAACGAUCAUGACGACGAGAACGAGAUGGCCAUGGCUGUAAUGGGUCCAGGUCCGUGGACAUUCCACCAGGAACUGCAGCUUCCUCAACACUGCUCCCUCGUUCAUUUCUCCAAUCGGAACAAGAAGAGCAACAUAACUAUCAACCACACACUUAAGAUUGUCAUUCGCGUCGAGCGUGGCGAUCACGAGGCGACCGACCCGCAGACAAAGAAGCCGAAGUUAUAUGACAUCUUCGUCCAAAUGCCUGUGCGCAUAUUAUCCUGUCACUGUACCCCAGCGUGGAUAUCUCUACCCAGGUACUACGAGGUGCUAGAACGCGACUUUGACGGCAAACGUGUAUCCUGUCCAUGCGACCUCCGGGCCGCGCGCAGCUCACACUGCAGUCCGGACGAUAGCGAACUGCACACACCCAUCUCACUGAACCGCGUAGCAUCGAUCGACUCCACCGUGUCGUCGUCUACAGAGAAUUACUCGCCGGGGGGGCACAGCGGGACACUCGUGCAAACACUCGUGGGCCGGAGCACGCAGUAUGAGCGGCUAAUGUCGGGAAUGGAGAGUGAGGCGGGCGAGGCGCCCCCGGCGUACGAGAGUAUUGAUAAUGCGUUUCGGUCUCAGAGGGGGCGUUUCUACCAUGCUUGA